GCGGCGGCGAUCACAGAAUUCGAUCAAAUUCGACAUUGUCGACCUCUUCACGAACUACGCGACCUUCUACGGAACCUGCAUCCUCCUAAUACCCUUCGUGGUGAAGUGAUUCGAAUCUUAAAACUACCCAACAUGGCGGACGCCGAAGUCGAGCAGAAACAGCGCAAGUCGGUCGCCUUCAGCGAAGGAUCCGUCAUCAUGGACACCAACGGCCAGGUCACAGAUGCCCCGGCUGCCGAGAAGCCCGCCGACCAGGAGGUCGACGAGAUGACCGAUAUGUUCAAGGGCCUUUCCAAGAAGAAGAAGUCCAAGAAGUCCAGCAAGGAGACCGGUGAUGCGGAGGAGCCCACCGCCGACGGCGAAUUCGAUGCCUCCGCCCUCAAGAAGAAGAAGAAGAAGCCCAAGAAGGACGCCGGCGACUUCGAAGCCAAGCUCGCCGAGGCCGGUAUCGAUGAGGAGGGUGACAAGGAGCAGGACGAGGACACUCUCCCCGAGGGUGACGCCGAAGCUGGAACCGGUAUCUGGGCACACGACGCUACCCAGGUUAUCCCAUACCCUCUCCUCGUCUCCCGUUUCUUCACCCUCGUCCAGAGCCACCACCCCGACCUGCUUGCCAGCGGCACCAAGGCCUAUAAGAUUCCUCCACCCCAGUGUCUGCGUGAAGGUAACCGUCGUACCGUCUUCGCCAACAUUGCCGAAAUCUGUGCUCGUAUGAAGCGUUCCGAUGAGCACGUCACGCAAUUCCUCUUCGCUGAGUUGGGUACAAGCGGUAGUGUGGACGGCAGCAAGCGCCUAGUUAUUAAGGGCCGAUUCCAGGGCAAGCAAUUGGAGUCCGUUCUCCGAAAAUACAUCGUCGAGUACGUUACCUGCAAGACCUGCCGCAGCCCGAAUACCGAGCUCAACAAGGGCGAGAACCGGCUGUACUUCAUCACUUGCAACUCGUGUGGAUCUCGUCGCUCGGUCGCCGCUAUCAAGACCGGUUUCCGAAGCCAGGUCGGCCGCAGAAAGCGUGUCGGUUAAAUGGGGUUGUGGAACGGGCUGGUUCGAUAGAUUGUGGAGGAGGGAGUUAUUUUUAUCUCUUCUUUAUGGCGUGUCAUCUACUAGGACUUUGGUUGAUGAAAAAAAGAUUCCCUGGUAUUGUAUCUUUCCACUGCAUGGAACUUGAAAUGAGAGAACGAUUGAAGGAUAGAGACAGUUUGGCAUGAAAUGGACCGAUAUGACCUCUUAAUUUUUCCUCAUCUUGCUUGCAUCUUGCACGCUUCAAUACCGUGUGACUGCUAAGCCCUAUGUGCCGGAUUAGAUGGGCUAAUGUAGCUUCUCUUCGGAGUUUGGAGAGCACAUCGGUGCGAUAGUCGGUGGGAGUGCUUGCGCAAUGCCUCCCUUCUGUUGGUACUGUUAUACAAUUUAGGAUUGAUUUCCCAAAUCAGAUAUAUUUCUAGGAGAUAGAGGCUUGCUCCAAAACGCUGCUGUACAUGACGUUGAUAACACCCUACCAAACAAAAUGAUAUAAGAGAGACAGAUGGCCGCUUCGUAUCUCGCACCAUAGAACACGAGUUUUGUCGGCCUUGAAGGAGCAACGUUCUCUGUUCAAGUAAAAUAUUGAGAGCCGAUAUGGUUCCUCCCCUUUACUGGUAUGCUGCUUAACCACUUGCCGUACUUACCUUCAUUUGGGCGGCAAAAGCAUUCAAGUUCCUUGUUUGUAGAUAGACAGUUCCAGGGCCCUUGAACUUGCAAGCCAGGCCUUCUCCAGCGCCGAACGCGGAAAUGAUUCCACCGGAGGCAACUCGCUCCAUCUCAUACUUGCAGUUCCAUGCCACAAGAUGGCCGUUGUCAAUGAAGUACGUCUCACCUUCCUGGAGCUACAGAACCAAAUCAAGUUAGGAAUAGGUUGCCGCUAGGGGUGUUGGGAAAGGGUCGACUUACAUCUUUCUUGAUAAUCGCACCAAAGCUCUGCAUCCAUAGAAGUCCAGUUCCAGUGAUCUUGUAAACAAAGAGACCCUCUCCAGAAAAAACACCCUUGGCGAGACCCUGAGCUUGGUAUUUGUGCUUCACACCUGAUGUGGAGGCCAGGAACGCAUCUCGCCCAAUCUUCCACUCCUGUUCACCGUCUAGACGAAGCACGAUCAGGUCACCCAGAACCGAUGGAGCGAGCAAGAGCUCCCCCGGGCCCGUGUACUGAGACAUUGACAUUUCGCCGCCUGCGAUAAGCUUUUUCCACCCAAAAGAGACGUGACCCCUCAAAGUCAUAGUUGUUGACAUGGCGAUCAUAAC